AUGACGGAGAACAAGGACAAGCACGCAACUGGCAGUGGCAGCGGCGGUGGUGGCGGCACUGAAAUCGCAGGCACCAACAACAACAAUAGCAAUGUACAAGGCCAAAGCACCACCGUCAGCUGCGCCGGCGGCAGCAAGCCGAAGGAUAAGAAAAAUGACAACGACACGAUAGUCGCGCUGGCGGAUACGCAAUAUGAACGGGAGAAGGAUAAAGAACCGCAUGACAGAAUCAGGCGGCUGACACGUUUGCUAACGGAUAAAUGGGCAAUGCAUCACACGCAUCACGCAGCGACAGGCACUGCAGACGCAGCAGUAGCGAGUGGCAGCAAAAGCGAAUCCACUGCAAGUGCUGCCACCACAUCCAGCGCCAGUGGUGGCGGCGGCGGCGUCGGCGGCAUGAUGGCCAAAAUCAAUGCGCGUCACUGGCUGCACCCCUCCGCAACGCACUCCGCUUCGACAUCACCCUCGGUAACACCGCCCACAGCCACGCCCUUAGCUACAACGCCCAUUAUGCCACUUGCUGCUGCUACAAGCGCCAGCUCGAGCGCCAUAUUUUUACCAGCAGCCACCUCGGCCACAACACCAACACCCUCUGUUGCAUCGUCAGCAUCAUCUUCAUCCGCUUCGGCAACGGCAGCUGCGACCACACUAACAUCCGCCGGCGCGCACCACCAACAAUUGCAGCAACAACUGCAGCAGCAACAACAACAAUUGAUGACAAGCGAAGAGCUGCGGCGCAAUACAUUCUAUCGCACGGUAUGCGCAAGCUUUCAGAGUGCCAUUCUGUUGCUGGACAUGGAUACGGGCGAAAUCAGCGACUACAAUGAAAG